AUGGAGACCACCCUGUAUGAUGCUCCACUCGCCAACCAGAAGAGGAACGGCAGGUCUCUGUUGUGGCACCCCAUCCUGCUCCUGGUGAAGAAGGUCCAGCAGCACUGCCAGAGACUCUCUGUUCAGCCUAAAGUCUUGCCUGGUGUCACCCUGGCCAAAAAAUCUUUCCAGCACAAGAACAGCCAGGUUGAUCCUGCAUUUGUUGUGGAGGUGGACGCCCUGGACACUGGGGUGGGGGCGGUCCUUUCACAGAGAGAUCCUGAAACCCAGAAGCUUCAUCCUUGUGCGUUCUUCUCUCGUCGUCUCUCCUCAGCUGAAAGAAACUACGAUGUAGGUAACAGAGCUGUUGGCGGUGGCGUUAGCCUUGCAGGAGUAGAGGCACUGGCUGGAGGGUUCCGGCUUCUCAUCGUCCUCCUGCUGGCUUGCUGCACCCCCUGCCCAUCCCAAGUCGUCCCUGGUCCCACAUUGCCACUGACUUUGUCACAGGUGUGCAGGGCGUUCUGUAGGUUGGUGGGCACGGCAGUCAGCCUCUCCUCGGGAUACCACCCUCAGACCAAUGGCCAGACAGAGCUGGCCAACCAGGAUCUGGAGGCAGCUGCGCUAUGUCGCUGCCUAUCACCCUGCUCGGCCACCGUGACCUUGGCCCUCCGGCCGUUCCCCCUCCGCUCCCCUUGGCUCGUAGAUGGCCACCCAGCUUACACCACAUCCCGGAUUCUGGAUGUGCGGCCCCGAGGUCACUGUUUCCAGUUUCUGGUUGACUGGGAGGGUUACGGUCCAGAGGAGCGCUCCUGGGGGCUGGGCGUGGCUUCCGGACCUUCCUCUUCUCAACUCUAUACUUUGGUUUCUGCAUCUAAGCCAUCAACAUGCCUGCUAGACCCCAUCCCAACUAAGCUCCUUAAGGAAGUUUUACCUUUAUUAGACAACUUUUUAUUAGAUAUAAUCAACGCGUCUUUAUUGACAGGUUAUGUACCCCAGUCUUUUAAAGUAGCUGUCAUUAAACCUCUUCUAAAGAAGCCCACUCUCGAUCCUGAAAUUUUAGCUAACUAUAGACCGAUAUCUAAUCUCCCCUUUAUUUCUAAAAUCCUUGAGAGAGUGGUUGCUCAUCAGCUCUGUGACUUUCUCCGAGACAACAGUUUAUUCGAGGACUUUCAGUCAGGCUUUAGAGUUCAUCAUAGCACGGAGACGGCACUAGUAAAAAUUAAUAACGACUUAUUUAUCGCUUCUGACACAGGUCUGGUCUCUGUUUUAAUCCUAUUAGAUCUCAGUGCUGCAUUUGACACCAUUGACCAUCAAAUCUUACUGCACAGACUUGAAUCCUCAAUUGGCCUUAAAGGAACGUCACUAGCCUGGUUUAAGUCAUACUUAUCAGAUCGUUCCCAAUUUGUUCACAUCAAUGAUCAACCCUCCGCACAUACAAAGGUCUGCUUUGGAGUGCCACAAGGUUCGGUGCUUGGACCAAUCCUUUUCACUUUAUAUAUGCUUCCUCUAGGCAACAUAAUUAGAAAACAUUCCUUAAAUUUCCAUUGUUAUGCUGAUGAUACGCAAUUAUAUCUAUCUAUGAAACCAGAUGAAACUGAUCAGCUAUCUAGACUUCAAACAUGUCUUAAGGAUGUAAAAGCCUGGAUGAGCCGUAAUUUCCUGAUGUUGAAUUCAGACAAAACUGAAGUUAUUGUUCUUGGCCCAAAACACCUCAGAAGCUCCUUUUCCAACAAUUUAAUUUCUCUAGAUGGCAUUACCCUGGCCUCAAGCACAACUGUAAGGAACCUCGGAGUUUUAUUUGACCAGGAUUUAUCCUUUGCCUCCCAUAUAAAACAAACUUCAAGGACGGCUUUCUUUCACUUGCGUAACAUCGCAAAAAUUAGACAUAUCCUAUCCCAAACAGAUGCUGAAAAAUUAGUACAUGCAUUUGUCACCUCUAGGCUGGAUUACUGUAAUUCCCUAUUAUUUGGUUGCCCAAACAAAUCUCUUAGGUCUCUCCAACUGGUGCAGAACGCUGCUGCUCGUGUUUUAACGAGAAGCAAGAAAAGGGAUCAUAUUUCUCCUGUUUUAGCUUCUCUGCACUGGCUCCCUGUGAAAUCCAGGAUUGAAUUUAAAAUCCUCCUCCUUACUUACAAAGCUCUAAAUGGUCAGGCUCCAUCCUAUCUGUCACAGCUCAUAGUUCCUUACCAACCCUCAAGAUCACUGCGCUCUGAAAAUGCAGGGUUACUUGUGGUUCCCAAAAUUUCCAAAAGUAGGUUAGGAACCAGAGCCUUCAGCUACCAUGCUCCUCUCCUAUGGAACCAUCUUCCAUUUUCGGUCAGGGAGGCAGACACCGUUUCAACUUUUAAGGGUAGACUUAAGACCUUC